GGGAGGCUGGCUUGUGCCAGAAGCAGACGCGAUUGAGCCGCCGCCAAUUUGAUAUUCAUGGCUGUCUGGUUAAUCGCAGUCAUUAUCAGAUGAGACGGAAACCCGUUUAGUGGGCGAAGUUAGUAUAAAAGCUCGCUAGCCAUUGGCUCAUUGUUUCAAUCUAUUUGCUGCUCUAAUAUAAUGCUGAAAUACGUUUUUGUCUUUGCUUUGCUGGUGACUCUGGCCAGCUGCAAUGAGGAGGACUUUAAUGCCGUACUCCUCAAGGCCGAGAACCACCAGAAUCUGGACGGCGCCGGACAAUUUAACCACGAGACCAGCGUCAGUAACGGCAUCCAGGUUAAAGCCCAGGGCAACGUGAAUGGCAUACAAGGCGAAUACUUUCUGCCCGGCGAAGAUGGCAAGCAGAUCCGGGUGACGUACACAGCAGAUGCCACCGGCUUUCAUCCCAAACUGGACAACUGAUCGCCUGACCUUGGCAAUAUAAUUACGAGUUAAUAUAUAUGUAUAUAUUCUUAGUAGAUAUUUACGACGCUGCUGUUUGUCAUAAUGCGUGUAAAUCAAUGGAAAGAGUGUCGUUAUUUGGUCACAAUUAAACGUUAGCAGCUUUGUGAAGCACA